AUAAAUAUAUGAGUGCAGUAACAGUACUGUGUUGCAGACAUGUCAUAAGAUUCAUUAUAUUUGUAAUAUAAUGUGAAAUAAGCCACAACUCCCUUCUCGUCUGACACAGUAGGUUUUCUACCAGUCCUGUACAUGAUUUUGAAUUCAUGCAGCGAAUCCUCAACAAAAAUCUUUUGCAGCAUUGUGGACGUUGCAGUAUUGUUGUGGAUGAUCGGGUGCCUUCAACAUAAGGUUUCUAAAAAUAAAAUAUGGGCACCCUUCAGAAGUUAAGAAGACUUUUCAGUUGGUCACUAUUCCCACAGUCCAGCACUGUUCUCACUGUGGUGAGCAGAGAGAGAUCGGACAGAGCUCUGAAAAUGUCUUCAAGCCAGUUUAUUCAGCAUCGCUAUGUGCACAGCAGAGGAUUUGGAGACAGUUUAGCCAAUCCAAGUGCUGCCCCACCACGCUCACCCUUCUCCAGGGUCACCCAGGAAGACCUUGACUUCUUUAGAAAGCUGCUGUCUGGAAGAACCAUCACUGAUCCAGACUUACUGAAGUCCAGCAACGUAGACUGGCUCAAGUCAGUGCAAGGUCAUAGUGAAGUACUCCUGAGACCCAAAACAACAGAAGAGGUUUCUCACAUUCUCAGGUAUUGUAAUGAGCGUAAUCUGGCAGUGUGUCCACAGGGAGGGAACACGGGUCUGGUGGGAGGAAGUGUCCCUGUGUUUGAUGAGAUCAUCCUCUCCACUUCCCUUAUGAAUCAAGUCCUCACUUUUGACAGCAUCUCAGGUAUCCUCACUUGUCAGGCAGGAUGUGUGCUAGAGAACCUGUCUCAGUAUCUUGAGGAGGAGGAUUUCAUCAUGCCUCUGGAUCUCGGGGCAAAGGGAAGCUGCCAUAUUGGAGGGAAUGUGGCUACUAACGCAGGAGGCCUCAGACUGCUGCGCUACGGGUCGCUUAGAGGAACGGUUUUAGGCCUAGAAGUGGUUCUGGCAGAUGGGCGGGUUUUGAACUGCUUGGCCACACUUCGCAAGGAUAACACAGGCUAUGACCUCAAGCAGCUUUUCAUUGGCUCUGAAGGGACGUUAGGAGUAAUCACAGCUGUUUCUAUCCUGUGCCCACGUAAACCUAAAGCCGUCAACGUGGCAUUUUUAGGCUGCUCCAGCUUCCAACACCUGCUGGAAACGUUUCAAUGCUCUAGAGGGAUGCUGGGGGAGAUCCUGUCUGCAUUUGAGUUUUUAGACGCCUCUUGUAUGAAACUUCUGGAGACACACCUGAAACUUACUAACCCCAUUAGAGAGUGUGAUUUUUACAUUGUCAUCGAGACCGCCGGAUCCAACGCAACCCACGAUGAAGAAAAACUACACAACUUCCUGGAGGAGGUCAUGACAUCAUCACUGGUGACUGAUGGGACUGUUGCAACUGAGGCGGCAAAAAUCAAGGCAUUGUGGUCCUUGAGGGAGAGAGUAACAGAAGCUCUGACGCAUGACGGUUACACCUACAAGUAUGACAUCUCUCUUCCUGUGGAGAAGAUCUAUGAUUUAGUGAAGGACAUGAGGGGACAUCUUGGAGACAUGGCCAAGAAUGUUGUUGGUUAUGGACAUGUUGGCGAUGGAAACCUUCAUCUUAACAUCACCUCCCCCUCUAAAGACCCAGCCCUCCUGGCUGCCAUUGAGCCAUACGUGUACGAGUGGACGUCAGAAUGGAAAGGCAGUAUCAGUGCAGAGCAUGGGCUGGGUCUGAAGAAGAGAAACUACAUUUACUAUAGUAAGCCUUCAGAGGCAGUCGCUCUUAUGGGCGACAUUAAAGCUAUGCUGGAUCCUAAAGGCAUUCUUAAUCCUUACAAAACUCUUCCAGACAAACUUCACUAAGAUCCUAAUUUUUCUGUUAAAAUGUAGUAUUGUGAUCAUUUGAGUUCUAAGAAAAAUCAUGGUGUUUUCAUUCAAUCAAUCUAAUAAUUCUCUGCAGGUGCAGGAUUUUCUGUAUUUGGAACAUUCAAACAGAUUGAAUUUAAUAGAUCAUGCUUAACAUUGCACCAAUCUUAUUUUUUAGCAAUGAAACUUUAUUUAUAAAUUGUGUUAUUGUUGAACCACUAGUGGCACCGAAUGGAAUUGCAGAAUUGUUGCACUUGUAGUGAAGACCUAUUUUUCACCCAGAAGGAUUUAAGGAAUAGUUCACCCUAAAGUAAAAGAUCCAAGUUAUCAGAAGGUUUUUAGUAGUUCAGGUCCUGACUUUGUCCAGUCUAGUUCUCUCAUCUAUACCAGAUUUAGUAAACUAUUUUUGAUGGAGCGGUGCAGUUUUAUUUGUCAUAGAGCAGUGGGUGUUUUUUAUUUAAUACAAUUUUAGGGAGCUCUAUUAAGUAGGAUUGGUUGGCUGAAAUAUAAUCAGUGCAAUUCUGUGGUUUCCAGAAAACAAGAAAUUAAAACCACUGAUCGAUCAUUAGUGUUGAUUUAAAAGCAGGACAACACAAGGGUAAGUAAAUGACUAAAUGAUCUGUGGUGGGUGAUCUAUUACUGUAACCCUUUUGUGCAUCAAUGACACUACAGUAUCUCUUCAAACAAAUCAACAUGGUUACUGUCCAAGUGAAUAUCUGAAAGUCUCUUUGAUGUGUAAAAAAAGAAGAAAUUAAAAUUUUGUUUUACUCUUC